AUGGAUGAAAAAUCCAUCUCCGAUUCCCAUUUUCCUCCAGGAAUCAGGUUUCAUCCAUCUGAUGAAGAACUGAUUGUUUAUUACUUGCAGAAGAAAGUAAAUUCUCUUCCACUUCCAGCAAACCUGAUGGCUGAUAUAGAGCUUUAUAAAUAUAACCCUUGGGAGCUACCCAGGAAGGCUGUGUUUGGAGAAGAUGAAUGGUACUUCUUCACCCCAAGGGUUAGGAAGUACCCAAAUGGGAGAAGACCCAAUAGAACAGCUGUUUCAGGUUACUGGAAGGCUACUGGCACUGAUAAACCAAUUGUUGGUUCUUCUCGAUCAGGCAGGAUAGGGGUUAAGAAAGAUCUCGUCUUCUAUAAAGGUAAAACACCAAAGGGGGUAAAGACAGAUUGGGUCAUGACUGAGUACAGACUGCCUGACACGACAUGUAGACCGUUAAGGUCUAAAGGGUCCAUGAGACUGGAUGACUGGGUAUUAUGUCGCAUUCGACAAAAAGGCAACAAGUCAAAGAAUGAAUGGGAGGUUCAACAGAAUCCUAGUGAACUUCUGGAGUACCUUCCUAGGUUUGAGGAGUUCCCUUCAGUUUAUAUAGAUGAUGGCAGUGACAUGAUUGAAGAUUAUUUUUUAUCAAAUGGCUGUCACAUAAUAGCUUCCUUACGCGAUGGACAUGACCCGACGAUUGAAACUAUUCCUAGAGCAACCUUUCAAAGCAAUAGCAGUGAAACAAUUAAGAGUCACAGGUUGGGAACAGUAAAUACUCCGGAAACAAAUUCUGCGUUUCAGAGUUUCUUCAACUCACUACCAGGCCAACCUAACAAGGAAGAUUGGUGUAUGAAUUCUCAGCUACUUACAAAGAUGAUCUAUAAUGAACACAAAGAUGAGGACCUUCUAUCAGGAAACAUGGUAGCUGCAGGAGAUACAAACUUAUAUAUUCAACAUUUGUCUGAAGGAGACAAGAUCAACUCUAAUAAGUCAAAUAUCGUCAUGAACGUGCAGCAUCUUGAUAGGCCAACAUUUUCUGAAAAUUUCUUCAAUGACAGAGAAAACUUCACCCCAAAAGGAAAUUGUUCUUGA